CAGUUCGGUUUCUCCUUCUUCUAAUGGUGGUGACCAUUCGGGGAAAUCUGGACGGAUCCGGAAGAUGUGGGCCCUACGAGUGCCGCCUGAGCAAUCCGAUCUGUCGAUGCGAGUCCUUCUGCCAGGAGUUCAGCCAGCGGUGCUGGAAAAACCCAUCGGGAUGCCAUUGUGCGAGGGGUUAUGCCCGCGACGAACGCGGACACUGUGUGCCCCAAAUAUUGUGCACCUGAUACGAUUUAACAUCAAACAUCAUCUCCGAAUUCAUGUUUAAACCAACAAACAAUUGCAUGGGUACAAUCAUCGUGCAAAAUAA